UUUUCUUCCUCUCUCUGUGUUUCAAAUUUCCAUCGCAUCCCGCUCACUCCCACUCCAACUUUACUCAUCCACACUGUCUUUUUCUCUCCAGUAUUCUUGCAUUGAUUCAACUUCUUUCUUUUCCGCUCUCUCUCUGGCCCGAUCUUCAUCUCUAGCUCCAAUGGAGGUCUUGGAGCUUGGACGAUAGAUUCAGGUUUCACUCAGAUGCAUUUUGAUGAUUUAAUCUUCUUUGAGACCUUCAAAUAUGAGAAAAGAAGAAAAUCACACCAGGGCAAAUAUUGGAGAAUUCCCAGGUAGAAUUACACGUGCUCGGGCUGCUGCAUUUAGUGCAUCAGCACAGCUGCCUCCAAAAGUUCCUGCACGACAGCCGGAAAAGAGGAUUGCUCGGACUAAUCUGAAAAGAGCUGCUUCAGAUGAAAAUAGCUGCCAUUCUACUGCUAAAUCAUCUCGGCCAUGUAAGAGAAGGGCUGUGCUUCAGGAUGUCAGCAAUAUAUGCUGUGAAUCUUCGUACUCUAAAUGUUUUGAUGCAGCUAAAAUUCAGGCCAAUAAUAGUAAACUGACGAUCAGAAACCGUCUCAAGAAGUCCAAAGGAGCCCCAUCAGUUGGUGUGGCUCAAUCCAAGUUCCCUCCUGAUCUUAGAACACAAGGCAUACAAGAAAAAGUCCAGUCAAAAGCUAAGUUGAAAGUUGAACAUUCAAGUAAUUCUGAAGACCAUGAGAUACAUCGUCGAGUAGAUGGUAUAAAGGAGGAGGCCACAAGCAAUCUUCGGCUUGAUAAUUUGAGUUCUCAAAGUCAUUCAGAGUCUCAAAAUUUUCAAAAUAAAGCAGAGAAAGAGUUGCUUCUGGGGACAAGAAGCAACCUGGACAUUACGGACAUUGAUUGUAAUGACAGAGAUGCUCAACUGUGCACCGUCUAUGCCAAUGAUAUCUAUAACAAUUUACGUGUUGCUGAGCUAACCAGAAGACCACGUUCCACUUUCAUGGAAACAGUGCAGAGUGAUAUCACCCAAAGCAUGCGGGGUAUUCUGGUUGAUUGGCUUGUAGAGGUAUCGGAGGAAUACAAGUUAGUACCAGACACACUCUACCUAACUGUAUUUUUCAUUGAUUGGUUUCUCUCUCAAAAUCACAUUGAGAGACAAAAGCUACAACUGUUGGGUAUCACUUGCAUGUUAAUUGCCUCGAAGUAUGAAGAAAUUUGUGCACCACGUGUUGAAGACUUUUGUUUCAUCACGGACAGCACCUACACGAAAGAGGAGGUAUUGAAAAUGGAAGGUCAAAUAUUGAAGCAUAUGGGCUUUCAACUUUCUGCACCAACAGCAAAAUCUUUUCUCAGGAGAUAUGUUCGAGCUGCACAAACGACGUAUAAGACCCCUAGUCUUGAACUCGAGUGCCUUGCCAACUAUCUCGCCGAACUAACACUGGUUGACUAUGGUUUCUUGAAUUUUCUUCCCUCGGUUAUAGCUGCAUCAGCUGUAUUUCUUUCCAAGUGGACAUUGGAUCAAUCAAGUCACCCAUGGAAUUCAACACUGGAAUACUACACCUCGUAUAAAGCAUCGGAUCUGAAACAAACUGUUCUUGCUCUACAAGAUUUACAGUUGAACACCAAUGGUUGUCCUCUCAGUUCGAUUCGCGUCAAGUAUCGGCAAGAAAAGUUCAAAGCCGUCGCAACUUUGUCUUCCCCAAAAUUACUUGACACGCUAUUCUGAGCCACGAGUUAGAUGAAGAACAACCAUCCACAAUUUGCCAACAGUUACAUAUAUACUUGAUAUAGAAGUUAGAGAUUCUCCCUGAACUAGAUUCUUUUUGUCAUUAACUCUACAUGUUUAAGCCUGAAGUCUAAUGUUAAUCCUUACCCUUUUCCCAUUAACAUUCUUUCUCUUACAUUUUUUGAAGCUUCUGUUUAUAGUUCUAUGACUUUUGGUCAUGUUCCUCCCCAAUCGAUCUCGUGCCAGGUGGAGAUUGGCCGUUGAACAUACAUUGUGACAGAAGGGAAUCUUUGUCUGUAAGACCAUGUAGAAUUGCCACCCAAGAUUUCUUUUAUACUUUGGUUCACUUUGCCAAAGUUUGACCUGUUUGUUUUGAGCUUGAUGAUACAAAACAUGAAAAUUCUCAAUGAAUUCUAUUACUAGACUUUGUCUCAUCCUUUUGCUCAGUUUCAAAGUUUUGGGGAUUGUAUCAUGGAGUUGUUUCAAAGAUUGAAUUGGGUCUUGUGGAUCA